AAUACAAAUAGAAACCAUGGCACUUCCACGGAGAAGACCGCGCAAGACACGCCUUUGCUGGCGGCUUUCCUUCACCAUCAUGUUUCUGAUGAUUUGUGUGUUCCAUUCUGUCUGCGCCUAUUUCACCCCCUUUGGUACCAAGGGCCUUCGACAUAGCCGCACUGAUCUUUCUGCAAGUACCAACGGUGACGGUAACAGCAGAAAGAGCGGCUCUUCGGACCCUGAGGCUGGCAAAGGGGACCCUCCGCGCUUUAAACGCCUUGCAAGAAAGAUGUCAUCGAAAUCCUUCUCUUUCAAUCAGAUACCGGGCAGGAAGAGGGCCGCAGACAGCAGCGAUAGCCCAGACAGAAGUAACACCGCUCGAAUGCGUCCUUCUCCUCCUUCCUCCUCUCCUUCCUCUUUCCAUGAGCCCAGGGGCAGCGGGCCCAUAUCGGAGGCGGUGGGGCAGCACUUGACCCCUGAGGCGGCGGCACCCCCGGAAAUUUUCGACGUGGACGCCCGUCCGAACAGCCAGAAAGCCAGAAAGGUGGCGUCGUCACAAUCUCAAGGGAAGGGACACCGAGAAGAGGGAUUGGAGGAGGAAAAUGGGGCGGGGGUGUGGCAACGGCCUUCCCGAGUCCAACAGCGAAGGGAGAAGAGGCAGCAAGCGGCUAUGGACGAAAAAAUGCGCCGGGUGAAGAUCCAGCGUUUCGGGAAGGAAGGUCUGCUGUUUAAGGACGGCCUCGCAGGGGGACAGGCGGGGGGAGGACGGGACGAUGCCUUGCAAUGCGAGCAUUUUGGGGCCUGCUCUGGGUGUUUCUAUCGAAGCGGCUUGGUCGAAACCCCCGUGAUGGAAAACGCCCGCGUUUUUUUCCAACGGGUCGCCCGGUACGACAAUUUUAGCCUGGGUCUGGCCACGGGCGUGCACGGGUGGCGGACGCAGGCGAAAUUGGCCGUGGCCCCGCUUUCUAAGUGGGGGGGAUGCCAGCUUGGUUUGUACGAAGAAGGGAGCCACCGGGUGUUGCCGAUCCCAAACUGCCGCGUCCACCACCCCAGCAUCAAUCGGGCCGUCCAAGUGUUGACGGAGGCGACCGUCACGAUGAAGACGCGGGCCUUUGACCCGGCUUCUCUGGGGGGUUCCCUCCGCUACGUCCAAGUCGCCGUAGAGCGUCGGACCGGGCGCAUUCAACUAACCUUAGUCUGGAACGCCCCGGGGAAGAAGGAGGCAGGCGGGGAACUCUCCCGCUUGUUGAAGGCCUUGAAAGCCGCCGAUACCUCGGGUGAAUUGUGGCACUCGAUUUGGGUGAACUUUAGGACGGGACCGGGCAACACCAUCUUCGCCCGGGAGGCAAGGUCGUGGACGAAGCUCUUUGGCGCCGACUUUCUCACCGAAAAAAUCGGUCCGUCCCAGACUUUGUUCUACCUGACCCCGCAGUUGUUCCGGCAGGGAAAUUUGGACGGCUUUGAAAAGCUGGUGACGCGUGCGCAGGAAUUCGUGCCGGCACAAAGCGUCGUCUGUGAGUUGUACGGCGGGGGGGGAGUGAUCGGUCUGAAUAUGCUGGGAAAAGCGGCCGCCUUGCGUUUUUCCGACAUCAAUCCCUACCUGGGACAGUGCGUAGACAAGACAUUGCAGGUAUUGCCGGCGAAAAAGCGGGAGAAAGUGUCGUUCAUCAUCGCCACGGCCCUGGAGGCCUUAGAAGCCGGACACGCCGACGGGGCGACCGUGCUAAUCGUGGACCCCCCGCGGAAGGGCUUGGAGUCAGAGGUGUUGGCUCAUUUGGUGGACAGGAAAGACCCGUACGCGGGGACGCUGCGGAGAAUCGUGUAUGUUUCCUGCGGAUUCGAGGCGUUGAAGCGGGACGCGGUGGCCUUGAUGGACAGUGGCUGGCGCCUGGUGCAUGCGGAGGGCUUCGUCCUUUUCCCGGGGUCGGACCAUUUGGAAACGUUGGCGGUGUUCGACCGGACGCGGUGA